CCAGUAUUGUAACAUCACAUUCAAACUUAAGCCACCUUUCUAUACAACUAACUUAACCAAAAAUGGUAAACUUGUUACAAGUGAUUUGAUUGAGAUGCAGAGAAUGAAUGAAACACAAAGUUUUGUUUACAUGAAAAAUGAGGUAAUGAUGAAUGAUACUGGAAUCUACACACUGACUGUGAAAUCAACAGUGUUUCCAGCAGUUGUUUUUGUGUUUGGCAUCACUGUGGUGGACAACACAAUGUGUGACCUCAACAGCAAGGAGAGUAACUCAGAUGCUGUGUUAGUUGGAAGUUGCUUGGCUGUUAUUAUACUUACUAUCACAAGUGUGGCUUUUCAUUUCUUUUUAAAAUCAAGAAAAACUACUGGUAACAUAGGAAGUUUCAUCAACGCCACAUCAGUUAAUUACAAGAAUAAUAAGAUUACAACUACCCAACCCAAGAAUGAGAACAACACACCACAAUAUUUAAACCCUGCAAACAAACAACAAGCAGGAGACAAUGAAGUUGGUUAUAUUGAUCUGAAUGCAGGAGAACCAAUACCUAAUGAUGAUGUCAUAGUACGGAAUUAUGAGGUGGUAAAGACAGAUUAUGAAGAAAUAAUGCAAAGUAACAAGAAACCAAAAAAUGAAAUAAAUGAAUAUGAUCUUUAAUAUGUAACAGUAUUUUUAUAUUAAUCUAAACAUUAUAGAAUUACAUCAUCAUUAUAAUUGUUGUGUAUUUUUAUGCAAAUAAAGAAUAGAGUA